CCGCCUCCGCCGCCGCCUCCCCCCUGCGGCGGGAUUGCCUGUCACGGGGAGCCCGCGAAGUUUUACGGAUACGAUAACUUACAGAGACAGCCGAUUUUUACGACCCAGCAAGAGGCCGAGCUGGUACAAUAUCCUGACUGUAAAUCGUCCAGUGGUAAUAUUGGCGAGGACCCAGACCACUUAAAUCAGAGCUCGUCUCCUUCUCAAAUGUUUCCCUGGAUGAGACCACAAGCAGCUCCUGGUAGACGAAGAGGAAGACAAACCUACAGUCGCUUCCAAACCCUAGAGCUGGAAAAGGAAUUCCUUUUUAACCCUUAUCUGACCAGGAAGAGAAGAAUUGAGGUUUCCCACGCCCUAGCCCUCACUGAGAGACAGGUAAAAAUCUGGUUUCAGAAUAGGAGAAUGAAAUGGAAAAAGGAGAACAACAAGGACAAAUUUCCCGUUUCCCGGCAGGAGGUGAAGGACGGGGAAACUAAAAAGGAAGUCCAAGAGCUGGAGGAAGACAGAGCUGAAGGCCCGACAAAUUAACUUCUACCUUUAAAAUUUUACCACAGACUAUUAAAACUAAUGGUCAACAUAUGCUGGUGGACACCACCUAUUUUCUUUUUUUGGAAAGGACCUUACCUGUGUUUCAAGCUACCUUCAUGUCACUGCUCUUGAGGUUUCUGCGCUUUGAGAGGGAUUUGGGUGUUUAAAUAAAUUUUCUAGUAUUGCAUAGAAGCAAUACCUGGGCUGUCCUAUGAAAGGGUAAUUUGAUACUGACCUUGUAGCUAUAUUUUUAUAAUGGUAGUUUCUAAUGUCUGAACUGGUGAUUUGCCUCAACAACGUAAACUUCCUAAUUAUUAGCACAAAUAAUUGAAUAUGAAAUGCUAUAUUAAUCAAACAAGUGCACUUGAACAACUUAAAUCUUUUCUUUAUGGUGAGUAAAUUAAGUAUUAAUUUUUUAAAAAUUAUGCCUGAAGAAUUUUUACUUUAUAUUAUUUGAUUAAAAUGUAUUAUUUAUGUUUUUCUUUAUGCUUUUAUAAUGAAUGGUUCAGGUGCCUUUUGUUUACUUCUAAAGUAGUUAAAGGUUUCUCUGAGUAUUUUGUUGAUGUAAUAUAUCAGGGAAAAGUCUGGGCCAAAUAUUUGAAAAGCACAUGUUAGCUAAAGAGUAUAAUUGUAGUCCAGGCUCUGGCAGCUUCCUUGAACUUCGGGAAAAUGUUGGGCCAGUGACAAAAGUUUCAGGACGUCACAAUUGACAUUUAAUCAUUUUUCUAUAGUCCAUACAAAUUAUGGCAAUUAAAUAAUCUAGAGUGAAUUAAUACUUGAAAAACCAUUUAUAACAUUUUCACUCAUUAACCUUUCACUCUGGCAAGUCGCCUUGCUUUCAUUUUGAACCUCACUUGUAAUCGCCUGAAAUUGCUUGGUCUCUACACUAGGGCCACCACUGUGAUUCUGUUUGAGUAUGUGCCAUAUUUAUUUGUAUUUCCUUCGCUCUGUUCGCAUGCUCCUUUUAAGCCAAUUUGCUAUGGGUAUCUCAGAUGACGGUUGGUAUGGUCCUCUGCUGUUCUUCAGGAGAACUAUGGCCUCACAUAUUUGAAACAAACCCUGAGAGCAAAUGCAGAAAACUCGAGUGUAAACAACGUCUCCAGAACAUAGCUAGCUCCUUAAUAAAGAAAUGAAUCUUUCUAGA